UUUUCUCUCCAUUCACACCACUUUCACCCUCCAUUUGAAUGGAUUCAAUCCCAAUCGUAUCAGGUGGAGGAAAUGUCUUUCCAGAGUAAUAAAAAACACUUUUAAUUGGUAUUUCCACAUUUCUCAUUUUGUGCAUUUAGAGAUCAUGGCACGCCAUGAGGUCACAUUUAUUUGACGAAGUGUCUAUGUUUCCACAUUCCUUUAGAGGAAUAAUUUCACACAGUUUACGCGCUAGGCCUAGGGUUCCACAUUCCUGUGCAUACAUAUCCGCGGAUCAUUUCCAACUAUACCAUCUGACACAAUAAUGUUAACGUGAAAUAAUUAAAUAAGUUCUUACACACUUAGUAUUAUUAUCGUCUAUCCUUGAAGCUAUAAGCCCUGGUUAUUUACCCUCAAUAUUAUUCUGUUAACCUUUUGUUGUUACUUGCAUUACAAUGACAGUGGUGGGCUUGACAUAUUUGAUUUUGGAGAUAAUUUAAUGCUAUAAUAUAAUUAAUACAUUUUCCCAUGAUACCUAUUAGGUAUUCUUUCGAAUGUUGAUCUGUAGAUAAAACACUUCAGAUUUGGAUGGCUGUUUUUCUCUGAAUCUUUCAGUUUCCACACUGUUUUAUUUUUUUGGGGGAAUGAAUGUUUUGGUUUAUUUUCACUCAUGUUUAUUUUUAAUCCUUUUGGCUUUAGUGAAGGACUGAUGAAAUGAGAUUCCAAUGCAGACAUGGGAUGCAGAACCCAACAAGAGUUCAAAUAAUUGAUGCAGAGAAGAAGAGAUGGGAAAAAUCUUAUGACCUACUUUGUUUAUCACAAGUAGCUGCUGUAGAAGGAAACCUUAUUUUCAAAACAGCUAACCCAGUGUUUGAAAGCCUAAAUGUUUAUUCCACAUAUAUGUUAAUUAAAUGUUAAUUAUGGAGUUCUAUUGAUGAAAUGCUAUGUAAUGGAUAUUUUUUAUACUAGCAGUAAGCUGACAUACAAGCUUAUUAGGGGUUCGUUGGACUUUUACUUCUUUGCAGGUUCGUCUCCACUAGAUGUAGUUCAGCAGUUCGCUAACCUUAUAGGACAUACAGCUGCAAUGGCCUAUUGGGCUUCUGGUUUGUCUCCACUAGAUGCAGUUCAGCAGUUCACUGACCAUAGAGGGCAUAUAGCUGUGAUGCCCUAUUGGGCUUCUGGUAUGUCUAUAGAUGCCCUGCUCUACAACUUUUUUGGUGUAGCAUUGUAUUGUUUAUUGGCUUUCAAAUAUUUACAGAACCUACGAAUCAUCUACACUAGUAAGGCCAAAGUAUCAGCUAGCUGAGCCUUAUUGGUUAUAUAUUUUACCAAGGAGUGAAGUUUGUUUACCAUUGGGAUGUAGUAUUUCUAGUUAACGGUGUAAUGUUGUUUUGAAUUCCUUGU